CAGUGGGCAUUUCAAUAAAAGCUAACUCAGUGGGACUUCCCAUUAACACAAAUCAGUAACUUCUUUUGUUUUGCGAUAUAAUGAUGAAGCCAACAUCACCUGUAGAACAUGUCUCCAACAGCGGUAGUAGUUCCAAGUACAAGGGUGUAAGAAAACGGAAAUGGGGGAAAUGGGUAUCGGAGAUCCGAUUACCCAACAGCCGUGAACGUAUUUGGUUAGGGUCUUAUGACUCGGCGGAGAAAGCAGCCAAGGCGUUUGAUGUGGCUCUUUAUUGUUUACGUGGACCUGAAGCUAACUUUAAUUUCCCUAAAAACCCACCGGAGAUCGUGGGAGGAAGGUCACUUACCCAGCCGGAAAUUCGAGCGGUGGCUGCUAGGUUGGCUAACCAGGUCGACGACCAAGACGGAGCUGAUAAUAAUAAUGACAAUAAUGAUUCGAGUAAUGACAAUUACGUCAGGAAAGAACAGUGUACGUCGUCUUCGUCGGGAGCGGGCCCGUUACAGGCGGAGGAGAAUCAUGAAAUGGGGUGGUUGCCGUUUUUGAGCAUGGAUACUGAUAAUCAGUGGAUGUCCGAUUCUAGGUUAUACUCCCCGGUGAGUCGUAUCUUGUCGUAUGGUGGUGAUCAACUGUUUCCUCCUUCACCGCCGAUAAGUCCGCCGCCUAUUGACGACAACGCUGAUGAAUAUCAAUACUGCGGCGACGGUUUUUCACCAUCAUCGUCAUUGUGGGACUUUUAAGUUAAUCUUGAUACUCCGAGUCAAUAAAAAACUACUUAAAACACCUUUUUUUUAAUAAAAUAACGAGUACGUGCUGAUUUCUUAAAGUAAAAUAGAAUUAUG